UGGUUAGCAAGAUGAACAAAGAUGUGCAGAUGAGAGCAGCAAUUAACCAAAAGUUAAUAGAAACUGGAGAAAGAGAGAGCCUCAAAGAGUUGCUGAGAGCUAAAUUAAUUGAAUGUGGCUGGAAGGAUCAGCUGAAGGCACACUGUAAAGAGGUAAUUAAAGAAAAUGACUUGGUGGCUGAAAUCACUCCAAAAGGCAGAGCCCUGGGGCUGGGAAGAGCCCUGGUACCUGACACUGUAAUGAAGGAACUCCAACAAAGAAUAAGAACAUUCAUUGCUCAGCAUGCCAGUCUUUAA